AUGGUUGGUCCUUGUCCAUGGCCACCAAAUCCUCCUGCUUGUUGGCCGCAGCUGCCUCCUGGCAUGCCUCCCAUUCCUCCUGCUCCAGGCAUGCCACCAUACUGGUUGUUCUGUCCGCCUCCAUACAGUUUAGCCAUGAUUGGACUGCAAAUUCUGGUGAGUUCUUUUUCUUUGUCUUCAAAUUCUUCCUUUUCAGCCAAGUUGUUGCUGUCAAGCCACCUCAGGCAAGACUCACAUUCUCUCUCAAUGGUGGAUUUGUCUUCAGAAGACAGUUUGUCUCCGCAGUCCUGUACAGCCUGUUUGAGUUGGAAGAUGUAG